AUGUCCUUGCGGACUAGAGUGGGAUUCUACCGUCAAGAUGUAAAUAAAACUGUGUGGGAUAUCCCGGAGAGGUACCGUGAUCUCGUACAAGUGGGAACGGGAGCGUAUGGAACAGUUUGUUCAGCAAUCGAUCGCAGGACCGGAGUUCGGGUUGCUAUAAAGAAACUUCACAGACCUUUUCAGUCACGGCUUUUCGCCAAACGGGCUUAUAGAGAACUCCGUCUCCUCAAACACAUGAAGCACGAGAAUGUGAUUGGGCUAUUAGACGUCUUCACAUCAGAGGCUUCUCUGGACAGGUUCCAGGAUUUUUACUUGGUGAUGCCGUACAUGGGCACUGAUCUUGGGAAGCUUAUGAAGAUGGGGCGUCUGUCUGAAGACAGGGUGCAAUUCCUAGUGUAUCAGAUACUGAGAGGACUUAAGUAUAUUCAUUCUGCAGGGAUCAUUCACAGGGACCUCAAACCUGGAAACCUGGCAGUCAACCAGGACUGUGAACUUAAGAUCCUGGAUUUUGGGCUGGCCAGACAAGCAGACUCUGAGAUGACGGGGUACGUGGUGACCCGAUGGUACAGAGCCCCUGAGAUUAUUCUGAACUGGAUGCACUACUCUCAGACAGUUGAUAUCUGGUCAGUUGGCUGCAUCAUGGCAGAGAUGCUUCUUGGGAGGCCGCUGUUCAAAGGGAACGAUCAUCUGGACCAACUAAGAGAAAUUAUGAAGAUUACAGGAACCCCUAAUCCAGAUUUCAUUAUGAAGCUACAGAGUCAAGAUGCCAAAAACUACAUCAGAAGCCUACCCAAAGUACAAAAGAAGGACCUGCACUCUAUUUUCUUCAAAGCCAGCUCCGAGGCUGUGUGUGCUCUGGAACAUAUGCUGGUCCUGGAUCCAGACCGGAGGGCGAGUGCGUCCGAGGCCCUAACGCUGCCUGUUUUCUCUGAGUUCCGGGAGCCUGAGGAGGAGACGGAUGCCCUGCCGUAUGAUCACUCCGUGGACAACACUGACCUGCCUCUGGAGCAGUGGAAACGUCACACCUUCACAGAGAUACUGUCCUUCCAACCCCCCCUGACUGAGCCUCACGAGUCCAAAGAGACCUCCCUCUGA